AUGUCUAAAUUUGUUAUUCCAACAGCAUUGAAAGAAUUGAGAUUUCACUUAUCACAAACUGGAGAAGCAUCAGUACCGGUCAGAAACUUUUUAACCAAAAACUACUCAGGUUUGAAAUCACAACUGAGUUAUAAAUUGCCAAUCUUGAUUAGAGAAAGUUAUGGAAUCCCACCAACAUUGACUGCCAGAUUCGAAAAGGGUGAAGAAGUCAAGAGAAACUUGGAAGGUUUAGAUGAAGCAGGUGUUGAAAAUGCAUUAAACGAAUUAUUGAAAAGAUAA